GCGUAGACCGGCGGCCGGGAGGAACAGGCAGGAAAGGAAAGACGGGGCGAGAAGCCAAGAAGAUAGAGGAAAGGACUGAUGAUGAGGAGAAGAGCAGUCCCAUUCCAGCUGUGUUUCUGGAGCAAACAGAGCCGUGAGAACUUCUUCACAUUGAAGUAUUUUCCACUGCACGGCAAGGGAACAAACACUUUUACUCAGGAUCAGUUGUUUAUUUUUACCCAGCCUGAAGCCAAACAUUGUAGCUCGUAACUUUUGACAGGAAAGAAAUAUUUCUAGAUUUUAGUGGCUAAGAAGUUAUUUCAAUCCCUGUUCCUUUAUUUUACUUUGUGCAUCGAAAGCCUUGUAGCAUUUCACAAACUAAAACAUGAGCGCAGACAACUCAACGCUGUGGGACAACUUGUUUUCUCCACCUCUGUGCGAUGGCUGGAGCAACAACACAGAGGGGGCUAUCUACCAUUUGGGCAACACCAUCCAGUUUCUGGGCUACAUGGGAGGCAGCGGGGCCUUUGGCGCCCUCUUCAUCUUCGGCUUCCUGUCCCCCGCCUUCCUGUGCCUCACCCUGUGGGGGUGGCUGACCAUGUGCGGCCCAGAUGUCUUCUCCUGGAACCUUCUGCUGCUGGUGGCCUCCCUCCUACAGAUCUGCCACCUCCUCUACCGGCUUCACCAGGAGGGCAUCCGCAGCGAGGAGCUGACCUUUCUCUACCAGGCUGUCUACCUGCCACUGGGUGUGCCUGUCCAGGUGUUCAAGGAGAUCGCCAAGGCUUUUGAAAACAAGGUGGUGGAGCUGAAGGCAGGAGAUACGUAUGCUGUGGAGGGCAAGACAUGCAUCAAUCAGCUCUCCUUUCUGCUGUCUGGGAGGAUCAAUGUCUCUUUGGAGGGUCAGUUCCUGCAUUACAUUCACCGCCACCAGUUCCUUGACUCUCCUGAGUGGGAGUCUCUCAGACCAAACGAAGAGGGAAAGUUCCAGGUGACGUUGACGGCAGAAGAGGACUCCCGCUACGUCUCAUGGAGUCGCCGCCGUCUCUACAUGUUGAUAUCAAAGGACCGUUACAUAGCCCGUCUUUUCUCUGUUAUGCUCGGCUGUGACAUUUCGGAAAAGCUCUACAACCUCAACAACAAGCUCUAUAUAAAGAGCGGCGUGCUGCUGGAUAUCCGCCUGCCAAGCCUCUACCAUGUCCUGGCACCGUCCUCGCAGGGCAGCGAAGGUGGCAGUGGUAGCGACGGUGGUAUCGCCAAAGAACAACAGAGCCAAGACCUAGAACCAGCCUACCAGAUGUCCAAUCCUGGACCGUCUCAGUCCCUGAAACCUGAUCAACAGGGACCAAGGACAACUGACAGCAAUGUGCCAACCGAGCAUGGCCCCUAUCAGUGCCCCUGGACAUCAGACCCGGAGAUGCCAUCUGGUGAGGAUGCCACUAGCCUGGUCCUGGAGGACUUUGCUGAUGUUGCGGGCUCCUUAAUGGACUAUGGCAGUGAGAAAGAUUAUUUAAGGUAGAGGCAGGGUGCUGGAGCUAACACACUGAGUCACCACUAAAGCUACAUGAGCUGAUGAUGACGAGAAUUUACCGCCUCGAUUCCAAAGACGCAGAGCUCCGCUGGCUCCCACCGACACCCCGAAGCUGUGAGGCCAGCUUCCCCUGUACACACCACAGUAUCUUCAGUACUGCCAAAUGAACCAGACUCUUGCUCCCACCUUCUCCUCUGCUCUUCAGCCCCAAACAGGUGGAACAUGUAGUCUUUGUCAUUUUCACAUCAUUUCUCUGAAUGACACUGGCAGUACUGAUACAUCCAGUGCAUGUUCUGUCACCCGAACAUGUCCUGAAUGAUGUUCUGUCACAUCAGUUAGGACAUGUUCAGGGGAGACUUCUGAUUAGUUUGUUCAAAGUCAGAUUUUAUUACACCUUAAACAAUUUAGGAAAGGCCUGAGAAUGAUGUCAUGGCUUGUAAGCUUCUGAUAGGUUAAUUCUCAACAUUUUAGUUUAAUGCCCUCAGUCACAUCCACAGGCCAUUGCCUUAAACUGCUUCCUUGUGUGACUUCAUGGAAAAAUCAAAAUAAAUCAAAAAAGAUAUCAGGAGGAUAAUUAUGGACCUCCAUAAGCCCAGUUCAUCCUUGGGUACAAUUUCCAGAUGUCUGAAGUUCCCACAUCUACAUGUGUAAACAAUUAUAUUUUAGUAUAAACAUAAUAGGAAUGUCAGGCCAUCAUACCGUUCAUGAAGAAGAUGGAUUUUCUGUACCAGGGAAGAACAGGUUUUGUGUUAAAUGUGCUAAUCAACCCCAGAGCGAAAGCAAAAUACUUACAGUACAGCUGAAAGGUCACUCAGAGAGGAAGAAGCUGUUACUCAUAAACCAGCCCAAAUGGUUAUGUUACAGUUUUCCAAAGCACUCUGAGACAAAAACCUUAAUUUAUGGACACAUGUCAUCUGAUGAAACUAAAAUUAAAAUGUUUGGCUUUAAUAGCUAUCAUUAGAUUUGGAGGAAAACGUUUGGAAUCCCGCAAGCCUUGGGUUGGCAGCAUCAUGUUGAGUGCGUGUUUUGAUACAGAAGAGACUGGGGCACAUAAAAAAUACAUCAUGAGGAAACAUUAUGUUAUAUCUAUGUGUAUGUAUUGACGCAUCAUCUGGAGACAUUAGCCAAUAGGUUAAAGCUUGGGUACAAAUGGGUCUUCUAAAUGGACAGGGGCCCUAAUCAUAUCGCCAAAUUAGUUAGGAAGGGGCUUGAGGACAAGGUCAACUCUUUCGAGUGACCAGAAAGCCCUGAUCUCAGUCCUAUAGAAGUUUUGUGAGCAGUGCUGAAAAGGUGUUGUUAAGGCAACCUAAAAACCUGACUCAGGAAUGGGCCAAAUUCCAGAAAAUGCUUGUGGAAGGGAAACAAAAAUAUCUGUCCCAAGUCAUACAGUUUAAAGGUUAGGCUGCCAAUGUUUAGGUCUGUAAACAUCUACAUUUGAAGAAAAAACCCAGCCAAAAUCUCAAUUUCAUUUAGCACAUAAAAAUGUCAGUCAGUCAUUUUCUACCGCUUCUUCCAUAGUGGGUCGCGGGGAGGCUUGUGCCUAUCUCCAUCAGUUUAUGGACCGGGAGGCGGGUUACACCCUGGACAAGUUGCCAGUCCAUUGCAAUGCAAAUAAAAAUGCUUCAUGUAAUCCUAACCGACCUAAAACAGGAACAUUUCAAUCUGAUAUAUUUUCAAAUAAUGAGGGAAAAAAAGAGCUUAUGUGUAAAUAUCUAGUUUUAACUAGUUAGCCUACUUAAUAAAUCCUAGAAUCAUUUAAUUCACAUUUAGACAUCGAUAGAUUUGUUUAUGUCGACAGUCUUUCACUUUUUAAUCCCAUUUACAUGCUGCAAAUCAAAAGGCAAUUUCAUAAUUUUAAGGUCUUUCACGGUUUCUUGCUUGGGAUGUAGGGACUGUGUAAAUCAACAGAAGGGCAAAACAAAAUCAUCCAAAUUUCAUUGGACAAUCCUUGUUUUAGAGGGAUUCAUCGCCUUUCUUCAUAACUCUCAUAUUUCAAAAAUAUUGGACUUUUUCACUGAUUUUAAAUUCACGGUUACUUCUUUUAUACGUUUGCUUCACAAAGAACAGUUUUUAAAAGUAUUUAUCCUAAUCAGGGUUGCACAAGUCCUCUGGAUCUAACUUGUUGAAAUUUUAAGAGUGAAAAAACUAAUGAAAGAUUUUCAGAGUUGAGGAUAUUCAUUUCUGUUCAUUUCUUUCAAUCCUCUGAAUGCUUGGCCCCUGAUGGGACAUUCUGGAAACAAAAUGUUUUAGAUAAAUUCAUCCAUCCUUGAUCCCCUCAUAUUUAGUUGUUUUGAUUGGUUUAGUUUAUUUAUGUGAAUGCAUGGUGACUGGGUCUUACGCCACAGAUAUGUGACAUGAGUGUGAAAGUGUGGCAUGAUCAAUUUCUCCAUCAGACGUGCUUUGCUUGUUCCCCCGGGUAACCCAAUAGAUGCCUGUAGAUCAUAUGUUAUGUUUUAUAACAAUAGGGUAUGUAAUAUGCAAAUUAAAACUAUACAUUGAGCAGUUUCUGUUAUUCAUAACAAAGAACAGAUGGAACAAAUGGGGUGAAUAUGAAAAAAUAAUCAUGGGGCCAAGAUUUCUCCAUAAAGUUAUUGUAUGUGUGUGCUGUGAAUGUUUUCCAACAGUCUUCUAUACAUACUGUAUGUUUUCUUUUUUUAACAAGACCAUUCUACAGAGCAGUGUCCAGAUUAUGAAAGACUGUGCUGGUUGUAAUAUUCAAACAAGUCUACAAGAUCAAAUUUAACAAACCGCUGAGACUCACUGACUGUCAGUUACUACGAAGUAAACAUCUUCAAACAGCAUGCUUUACCUUUGUGAACCUCGUCUACCUUUGUCUGAAAAACUAUUUUAUGUUGCAUUGUUUUCAAAACCAAAAUUGUUUCCAUAUUUGUCGAUUUAUGUAGAAAAUAAAUCACUUUGGUCCA